AUGAUUGCGUCCCUGGUGCUGCCUUUGGUUGGCCUCGUUGGCCUUGUGUUGGCGCAGUACAUUGGUGUUGUUGUCUAUCGAUUGACAUUGCAUCCACUAGCCAAGUAUCCUGGGCCGAAGCUAUGGGCUGCAACCCAAUGGUCUCAAGCACUGCUCUUCUAUACGGGCAGAUUGCAUGUCGAGCUCCACCUUGCCCAUGAGAAAUAUGGAGACAUCGUUCGCUUUGGACCCCAUCAUCUGUCUUUCAGGUCUGUCGAGGGAGUGCACGAUAUAUACAUCGACAGGAAAGCGAACCUGAUCAAGGGUGGAGGUUUCACAGAUGCAGCAGAGGCGCUCAACAGGCCAGUGAACACUCAUUCGAUACAUGACAGGGCUCUUCAUGCCAAAAGGCGUCGACUCCUUGCCAAUGCUUUUUCCGAACAAGCUCUGAGGAAUCUCGAACCGUUUGUGGUUGAGACCAUAAAACGAUGGAUCGACACCAUCGCACAACCCGAGAACUCUGCCGAGAACACCAAGGGCUGGAGCAAGCCAACAGACAUGGGCGUCUGGUCCAGCAACCUCACCAUCGAUGCUCUCGGAGAGCUGUGCUUCGGCAAAUCCUUCGGUGCCAUCGAGAACGGCAGCCAUUGGACCUCGGAAUUUCUGAUGGGAUCAACCACAUUCGUCGCCUGUAUGGGAGUUACACCAGGGCGAGAACUGCUGUACCCUCUGAUCCGACAGAACUGGCUGAUGCUGAGAUUGGGUCUGAAAGUAGUGAAACAGAAGGUAGAGUAUCGGCUAAGGAUGCUACCACUUCUCAAGGCUCGCUUUCAGUUGGAGGAAGAGACCAAGGACAAGCCAGAGUUGCAGCGCAAGGAUUUCAUGCAUUACCUCAUGAAAGCCAAAGAUCCUGAGACCGGCGACAGGUUCACACCCGCAGACCUGGUUGGCGAGGCCGCUUUGCUAGUGGGUGCCGGCACAGACACCACCAGCACGGCGCUGGCAGCAGAGUUCUUCUACCUGACACGGGACCGGAGAGUUCUGACGAAACUGCAAGAAGAGGUACGCGGCGCCUACGACAAUGUGGAAGACAUCAAGACGGGGCCGAAGCUGUCGAGCCUCCACUAUCUGCGCGCCGUUGUUGACGAGUCUCUGCGCAUGGGUUCCCCUGUGCCCGACGUCCUCCAUCGGAGGAUCCUUCCAGGCGGCGCCACAAUCGCUGGCCAACAACUCGCAGCAGGAACCAUCGUCGGUUCGACGCAGUAUGCCCUCCACCACAACGAGAGCUACUUCCCGCGCUCCUUCGACUUUCUGCCGGAGCGUUGGAUCACCGGCUCGGAGGACCUGGGCUUUCCCGUUACAGCGUCAAGCAUCGAAGUGGCGAAGCAGGCGUUCAUUCCCUUCAGCGUUGGCGCACGCAACUGCGUGGGCAAGAAUAUGGCGAUGAUGGAGUUGCUGAUCGCUACGGCGAGGAUGGCUUGGCUACUGGAUGUUCGCAAGGUUGAUGGACCCCUGGGGAAGAUCGGCGAGGGCGGCCACACUUCCGAACGGGGUCGGCAGAGAGUGGGAGAGUUUCAGACAAAGAACUACUUUCUUGCGGAUCGAGAUGGGCCGGUGGUUGAGUUUAAGAGAAGAGAGACCGUCGUCGCUUGA